AUGGUGUACGUAGAAGGCAACAUCGGAGUAGGAAAGACCACUUUAUUGCAAAAACUGGCAGAAAAAGGGUACCCAGUGGUUCAAGAACCUGUGAAACUUUGGACCGACUGCAACGGAGUGAACUUCUUGGAUCUGUACUCGAAGGACCUACCGAAAUGGGCUUUCACUUUCCAAACGUUAGCCUUGUUUUCAAUCUGGCACGAGCAAGCGGAGGCCUGUGGCAACCAACCUAUAAUAAUCAUGGAAAGAUCGGUCCACAGUGUGGUGAAAAUAUUCGCCCUCAAUCAAUUCAAGAACGGAUUCCUCAGCCUACCGCAGUACUUAUUACUGGAGAAGCUAUCUCAGAUGCUGUCAGGAAGAUUUAAGAGAAGAGAAGUGUUCAUCUACCUACACACCACAGCUGAGGAAGCACAUCACAGAAUGAAGCUCAGAGCCCGUUCCGAAGAAACCGGAUUGUCACUGCAGUAUUUUCAACAACUUCAAGAGAUUCUUCUUGGCUGGAUGACUAAGGAAGAAAAACUGCAAUUGGUGGUCAACGCGUCUCAAGGGCCCCAGGAAGUCUUCCGAGUAGUGGAGCGGUUCCUGCAGGUCUUGUGA